AUGAUGCUGAAGAUGGUCGUGCUUGCCGUGCUGGCCUACACGGCUUACUCCAAGCCAGGGGUUCGUACCAAAGAUCUUGAAUUUACAACACAGGAGCUCUCUCGCUACUUCGGUGUUAAAAGCCACGAAAAAGCCCCGGAAUAUGAGAUCGUGUACCCACUCGUAGUCGAAGCUGAAGGCAAAAGGAGUGUUGGCAAGGGAGCCACUGCCGCCUCAUUCUUAGAACUGGAAGUCGAAGCCUUUGGAGAGACGCUUAACCUCAUCGUAGACCACGACGACAGUAAUUAUGCCCCUGGACUCAAGGUUGAGAUCUACACAGAUGAAGGCAUCCAGAAAGUGCCGCUUCGGACUGACUGCGUCUACACAGGGAAGGUAGCCGGUGAAAAGGACUCUCUUGCAUCCGUAACCGUUUGUGACGGCUUGAUGGCGGUCAUAUUUCGCAACUAUGGCCGUGGUGAGCUUUACAUCGAGCCACUAGAUGACGAACAUGCCGUCAAGCGAGAUGUUGGUCGGGGUCACCCGCACGUUGCCUAUAGGAACAGACCAGUGGAAAGAGGGGCAUUCUGCGAGACAGAACCGCCACCAACUUUGCCGUUAACAUUUGCUGACGAGCCGCCAGAAACCUUGCUGAUUGACACGAAGGCAACGAAAUAUCUGGAGCUGGCAUUCAUUUCCGAUCCAAUGUACACUAUUAUUAAAGGGGGCAGCACCAGCACAGCCACCACGUGCAUUAACACCCUCUUCAACGCGGUGAAAAAUGUUUUGCAAUUGGUUUCUCUGAGAGGAACUGCGCUGGUUCCCAAGCUGACGUAUGUCAAGGUCUUUGGAUCAAUGGAGCCUGGAUUGGUAAUGCAUGUUGAUGCUGACGACUACCUUGAAGGCGCUGCGCAAUGGCAACAUAAUAAUAGGAAAUCGUCCUCAAGCAUUGAGCAUUGGGACAACGCUGCAUUCUUGACAGGAGUAGACAUUUCAAGUUCAACGGCUGGUGACGGUUUACUGGGCAUAGCCUACGUUGGGCAGUGUGGCCAGUGGGGUGCAUCACUCAGUGAAUUCCGUGGAUUGGAUGCCACUGGCACUACCGCACACGAGAUCGGACACAACUUGGGCAUGUGGCAUGAUGCUUCAGGUCCAUCGGGUGGUCCUAGAAACGGCUGCUCGUCAAAGGGUUACUUGAUGGCUCAAUACAAAGCGAAUCCUCGCUUAGAUCUCGGCUGGUCGUCAUGUAGCCGGAGCUACUACGAUACCCGUAUCACUCAGACGACAUGCUACAACGAUGCUUGAAUUUUUACCAGGAUGUGAUUCAAAUCGACAAAGCGGGAAAAUGAUCGACAUUGUUUUUCUUCUUUCGAUUUAAAGACUUUAAAAUGCAUUA